AUGCGGGCUCUUACCAGCGCUGUCUCCCUUGUCGUCUCGCUCGCCUCGCUGAGGGCGUCGGCGUUGACCUUUACCCGUCUUGGAGCGUGUCCUUCCCUUGGAUGCGUCUUCCCGCCUGACCAGGCGAGCUUCCUCCCUGGUCAGUACUUCGAUGUCCGGUUGGAGGUCCACGCUCCUGUAAAUGGCACAGAAGCCUUCAACGGAGGCAUCCCUGAUGAAAAAUUCACCUUUUGCAUUCAAGAGGGCAAGGGGAAGUGCGAGGAGGCCUCCAAAUUCUUCAAAAGCACUUGGUCCGACCUACAGACCUACAAUUUUACGUACUAUCAGGACCAAUUUGCCCUCGAUGCUUCAUCUCCUACCGUCGUCAACGCCGCUGCCCGUUCUCUCCGUGGACUGUCCCUCAAGAAACCUGGUACAUACAAGGCGACGUUGAAAUACUACAAUGGCCAAACCACAGUCGCCACAUGGUUCGUCCGUGAAACACCAAAGACAGCUGCCGCAAAGAAUGUCCUGUUCUUCAUCGGAGAUGGUAUGACCCAGUCAAUGAUAACCGCGGCACGAGUUCUGGCCCACAAGUCCGUCAACGGUGUAUACCAAUCUCUCAUGCAAAUGGAUCAGAUGGAAGCACUUGGCCACCAAAUGACGCACUCCAUCGACAGCUACAUCACAGACUCCGCCAAUUCUGCAACCGCUCUCUACACUGGCAAGAAAACGACCGUCGAUGCGCUCAAUGUUUACGCUGACAGCUCGCCAACCCCUUUCGAUGAUCCCAAGUUUGAGACUAUUGCAGAGCUCUUCCGUCGCAAGCGCAAAGGGCCUAUUGGAAUGGUUUCGACUGCUCAUAUCUCUGAUGCAACACCAGCCGGCCUUUGCUCCCACACGCGUUCUCGGGGCGAAUACGCUUCGAUUGUCUAUGAAUAUCUCAAUGGCGCGCAAGCCCGUACCCCUGAAUUCCAUUGGCCAACCAGCUGUGAAGGCCCCGACGUGAUUUUUGGUGGUGGUGCUGAACAGUUCUUCCCGGGAUCUGGUUCCUAUAACGGAACUGAUAUGUACAAGGCAUACGCCGCGGCGGGAUACCAACUCGUUUACAACAACACCCAGCUGCAAAGCGCGAAGAACAACCAAAAGACUCUUGGUAUAUUUAGCACCUCGGUUUUGCCCAAAUGGAUCGACAGGAACAUCUACCCCAAAAACUUGGUCGGAUUGAAGAAUUCACCUCUUGGAGACGGUGGCGACGCUCUGGACCAACCAGGCCUGAAGGCUAUGACACUCAAGGCCAUCGAUAUCCUGCAAGCACGCUCCAAGAAAUCCGGGACUGGCUGGUUCAUGAUGUCGGAGGCCGCCAGUAUUGAUAAGAUGAUGCAUGCCCUGGACUACGAUCGCGCUCUCGGCGAGCUGCUUGAAUUGGACGACACUAUUCGCGCCUCCCUUGCUCAUCUCGAGAAAAUCGGGGAACUCAAAAACACACUUGUUGUUGUGACUGCUGAUCACGGACACGGUUUUGACGUUUUUGGCUCCGCAGACACCAAGUAUCUCGCCUCACAAACGACAGAUCGCCAAAAGCGCAAGGCCAUCGGCGUUUACGGCGACUCGGGGUUGAGUGGUUAUACAAUGUCGCCUGACAACAGCAGCUUCAUUGUUGGUGCCCAAGGACCAAACUUCCCCGUCACCUGGACGCCGCGAUAUGCUUUCGCUGCUGGUACAGCCGCCUUCCCCGAUCAUCGUGAAUCCUAUGCUAUCAACCAAUCUGGUCCCCGUGUUGCAGCCGUUUCGCCCAAGGGUUCCACAGACGGCUACGUCGUUAACCCGGUUGACCAACAGGCUGGGUUUACGCUAUCUGGCAAUCUGCCCCCUUCAGAAGGGUCGGGUGUCCAUUCGCUCACUGAUGUCUCUGUGUUUGCGAAUGGGCCAGGAGCAGAGACGUUCCGUGGUGUUUAUAACAGCAUUGAUGUCUUCUUCAAGAUGGCGAACGCGUUGGGCCUUGGUGCACACUAA